UGCGGUUGUCGGCGGUCGACCCCAGCAGAUGUCUCCAUAGUAGCUGCACAGGCCGCUAAAGUCGCUAAACAAGCGAGGAAUGUGUUUAUAGCGAUGCUAAAAAGUGCCUAGUGCUUGUGAUUUUGAUUAAUUAGCCGACAACAGUGCGGAGAGCGGCAACGUCGCUGUUGGUGGCCAGAAGUAGUGGUCUACGCGCAUAUUUAUCAAGGAAAUAAAAGAGAAAAAUUGAUAAAAACUAGAGUAAUUGCGUUUGGCGUGCGAUGAACAGCUAGAAAUGGACAUGGAGCUGCCUUACAAAGAAGGUUUCUUGCUCGUGCCCUUUAUCUCGGCUCUUUUAAAGAAGAAAACCUGGCAAAAGAGGUAUUGCAAGCUUUUCAAAGGAACGAAACAUGGACUGCAGAGGGUGGAAAUUUUCGAAACGGAGGGAGAAUCGUGGAAAAACAACAUAAUCAAAUUUCUCACCCUCGACAACUGCAUAAAAAUCUCUCCUACGCCGCUAAAAAACCAAUCCCUCACCUUCACAAUCUUCGCAAGAGGGUUCACGCAAGAAUUCGCCACCCUCAGCGAGACAGAUCUCUUUGAUUGGGUCUCGUGCUUUCAAACAGCGGCGUUCGACAAGGGAGACGAAAACGACAGGCCUUUAUUUACUUCAAAUUCCUUUUCUCACGACGACUACGAGGAAAACAACGACCUGUACUGCUCAGCGAAUGAAGGUGUUUUCACGGUGCAGGUGAUGCCCACGCCGGCAUCGGUCCGGUGCAACCUGUCGGAGGCGCACUACACGCUGGUGGUGAACCGGACGGCGUUGCAACUGCGCUCGGCGCUGCCCAACGAGCGGCUGCUCUACACGUGGCCAUUCAUGUACAUCCGGCGGUACGGCUCGAAGAACGGCGUGCUGUCGUUUGACGCCGGCCGCAAGUGCGACUCUGGCGAGGGGAGCUUCCAGUUCAAGACUGACCCGCAGAAGAACGUUUUCCAAUGCAUUUCCAGCACGAUGAAGAACUGGCGCGUCAUGGCCAAGCAGGAGGACAGCCAGCUCCAGCUGUCCGCCACGCCGGUCAACAUUGCCAGCAGUCAGUUCCAGGCUGCGAUGAAUAUGGAGCCAGGCUCGCGGACGCCGUUGCCGCCGUCUCCGACGUCUGCCACAAAUUCACUAAUAAUGAACGAACUGUCAAUGAGCUGCGCCUUCGAGAACAGCGUCAAGAACAAAGGGGUGCCGUCGAAGCCGCCGCGCAAGGUGCCGUCGAUCACGAUCGAGCCGAAGCAGUACGACGAAGUGGAGCACAUCAACAACGCGUGGAAGACGCUCGGCGUCGACGAAUUCACGCACACGGAGAACUACUCGCAGGACAAGGUCGAGUUGGGCGUGAAGCGCGUCGGCCCGUUCAAGGAGGAGCCGACCGUGAUCACGCAGAGGAAGUUCAUCAACCAGCACUCGGUCGAGUCCAUGGAGAACUACGACACCCUCCAGCACUUUGCCGCGCCCUCCGCCAAUCUCAAGUACACUGACGACUCUGCCAUUUAUUCUCAAGUCAAUGAGGCGCCGCCACCACCCGUUCCUCCCGCGCCCAAGAAGCCGCCUCUGGAGCCAAUGUCGUGGAACGAGUACGACGUCGUCGGAAUCGACGCCCAGGAGCGGUUCCGAGUGGCGGACGACACGCACCAAGGCUACGGAUCCAUCCGCAAGGUCAGCCCUCAGCCGGAAGACUCGGUCUACGCUGAGGUUGUCAAGCCGAAGAAGCAGGUGUAAAAAGCCUAGUCACACGCACUAAAUCACUCAAUGGUUCCAUGUUGCUGCCCGCAAAUGACCAAUUUCUCUCCUGCAGACUGUCUAUUCUUUUUGCAUUUAACGCGGGCGGUUGUUCAUCGGUGAUCUUAUUUUAAUAAUUAAUGAUCUUUUACUGUAGGUUUACGUGCCUUUAAUAAUAAAAAUGUGUAAAUUAGACUGUCGUCCGAAUAGUCAGUAUGCGGCGAGUAACGGGAAAUUCUCGACUAUUUGGAUUUUUGUGUACUUAUAAUUGUUAAUAUGUACUUCAACUUUUGCAGAUCAAUUCCAAAAAAAAAAAAUUCUCAGUGGGAAUUAUCGGCUCAUUUGGAUUAUUUUAACCUUUUUGAUGCUGUGCGCCGUUGGCACCACUUAAUUUAAAAAUUCUAUUGAACGUCCUUGGUGUUUUUGGAGCCACCAUCGUUCAUAAUAUACCAUUUUUGGAUACUUGUACAUUUUUGCUACUGCUUGCAUUUUUGGCAGUAAAAAGAAUUAAUUAGACGCGGAGGAAAAAUAGAGUCGGUUCAAUCAAUCGCGGUAGAAACAAAAUCAAAAAUUUAUAUUUUAGGUGCGAUUGGGGCUGAACUUAAUUUGGUUUUCAGCACGUUAGUUGAAAACCUUGUACGCCAAGAAUUAAAUCCAAAAUAGUAAAGGGAUGGUGGAUCCAAACCGAACACUAGAGGAAUUCAAUUUUGGCGGGAAAAUCUCCCAUUUAAACUUUACUCGGUGGGAGAAACUGCUUCAAAAAUAAAAUAUUAAAUUAUUUGGUGGUGCCAUCAGUCGGCAGUUUCAGAAAUUAGGGAAGCCAUCCUCAAAUUUUGCAUUCCGUUUAUUGGAUGCAUUUUAAUUACCUGCUUUAACAUUCCACAACACACUUAAGCUUUAACCUUUUGUGCCAUCUUUUCUACCACGAAAUAUGAGCUUGAAAAUGCUGACAUGUUGGUCCAAGAAACGUGCUGUGUGUGAUCCCGCUUGUUUCACGGAUCAAUACCAUUAAUAUCUCUGUGCAAUAACAAACCAUUAUACAAUUUUCUGCCGUGUCAAUAAAAAAGUGCCGAGUGCAUUUUACCUACCUACCA